CGCGUCCGCACCCUUCGGUUGCUCUUCGCUUCGCCCCCCUUCAUCCAUAGCGCUCGCCUCAUCACCAGCGCCCAAUAUGUCGGUCGAGAAAGCAACAUCCGUUCGCUCGGAGGACAUUGAGAAGGGUGGGCAGCCGUCGACCUCGAAUCAGCCCCAAGUCGACCCGGACGCGGAGUUUGGAGGCACGGAGGAGAGGAAGAAAAUUGAGCGCCGAUUGCUUUUGAAGAUCGACUUGCGGAUGUCGGUGCUCAUCGUCCUGUACAUCUUGAACUACAUCGACCGCAACAAUGCCAGUGCGGCUCGCUUGCGAGGGUUUGAGAAGGACUUGCACCUCAAGGACCAGGAAUUUCCGACCCUGUUGUCCAUCCUCUAUGUCGGCUACAUUCUCAUGCAGGUGCCAUCCAACAUGUUCUUGAACUGGGUCGGCCGCCCGUCGAUCUACAUCCCGUCCUGCAUGAUCAUCUGGGGCAUGAUUAGUGUCCUGACCGGCAUCUGCCACAACUUCGUCGGCGCGCUCCUCACCCGGUUCUUCCUCGGCUUCGUGGAGGCGGCGUUCUUCCCGGGCGCGCUCUUCCUGCUCUCCAAAUGGUACAAGCGCGAGGAGAUGGGCUCGCGGACGGCUAUCCUGUACUGCGGUAACAUCAUCAGCAACGGCUUCGGUGCGCUCAUCGCGUCGGGCAUCCUCUCUGGCAUGGAGGGCAAGCUCGGGCAUGCGGCGUGGCGCUGGCUCUUCUACAUCGAGGGCGCCUUGACGAUGUUCUUCGCGCUUUUGGCCAUGCUUAUCCUGCCCGACUUCCCCGCCACGACGCGCGGGCUGACGGACAUGGAGCGCCGUCUUGCCAUCCGUCGUAUGGAGGAGGAUGUCGGUGUCGGCGAUGAGGGCGAGACGGAGGGCAACGGCCACGCACAGGGUCUCAUCAUGGCGUUGACGGACUGGAAGGUCUGGUGGAUCACCAUUUUCUUGACGAGCAUUGUCGUCUCGCUGUCCUUCAACGCAUACUUCCCGACUCUCGCCAAGACGAUGGGAUACGAUGACACCGUGACGCUGCUAUUGUGCGCCCCGCCCUGGGUCUUCGCUGCCAUCGUUGUCUACCUGUGGUCGAAGCACUCCGAUAUGAAGAACGAGCGUUGCUUCCACAUCGUCGCUUCCAUUCUCGUCGGCAUUAUUGGCUUCAUCAUCGCAAUUGCGACCAUGAACACCGCCGCGCGCUAUGUCUCGCUCUUCCUCAUGGCGCAGAUGUACGCCGCGCAGGUCCUCAUCUUCACCUGGAUCAGCAACUCGUUCCCGCGCCCGCCAUCGAAGCGUGCAGUCGCUCUGGCGUUGCCGAACGCGUUCUCGCAGCUCGGAAAUGUUGCUGGAUCCUACGUCUGGCCCAACCCAUGGGGUCCCUCUUUCAGGAACUCCUAUGGCAUUUGCAUUGCCUGUGCCGGCCUGACGAUCCUCAUGGCCAUCGUCUACCGUUUCCACCUCGCAUCUCUAAACAAGAGGAUCGACAAGGAGGAGGAAGAGAAUGGCAACAAGACGAAGUUCCGCUUCACGUUGUAGGCGACCUACGAUGAGAUGCAUGACAUGACUGAACCUAUGUACUUACUAUCUUCUACGCUUCUGCCUCACUCGCAAUGUAACAUUAGUACGCAAUUUCUGCUUAUAUUGUGCGAGAGCUUGAAGGUCAUGAUCGGGGAAACUGAGGAUGCAUGCGGCGCGCACAAAAUGUUGAAC